CGACUGAUGGACGGUCCAGAUAUCUUCCUAUCUCCAACCACGCUUCUCGGUCAGAUUUCCAGCCGCCGAUAUUCUACGCGUGCCGCCCGACCUUCAAACCUUUCGGAUUCCCCGUCCACAUUGUUGAAAGAUCUUCCAAACCAACCUUCAAAAUUAAAAAAAAAGAAAGAAAUCCAAACCCUCUCUAUAUCGCUUGCCCCCUUCUCGGUAGAUCGCCGAUUGCCCGCCUCUUUCUUUCGUUGAAAGAUUCACCGUUCUCUCUAAUUAAGAAGUUUUGGUAGGCAAUCAACUUUCUAGCACAAAAGCAUCGCUGCAAUCUUUUACUUUUCCAAGAUCCAUCACUUUCAAAUUCUGAUGGGAUGGAGAGACAUUUACAAAAGGCGCUUGAAGGUAUUCACACUUGCAUUGGUGAUCUACCUGGACUAUAAGGCUGUGCAGAAGAGAGCAAAAUGGAUUAGCAGAAGCAAAAGAGAUGCUUUAUGGGAAAGAACCCAUGAACGAAAUGCUCGACGUGUUCUCAAUCUAAUAGUGAAGUUGGAAGGUUUGUGGGUAAAACUUGGCCAGUAUUUAUCUACUCGAGCAGAUGUACUUCCAGAGGCCUAUAUAUGUCUCCUCAGACAGUUGCAAGACUCUCUUCCUCCUCGCCCCUUGCAAGAGGUUUGCCGAACUAUAGAGAAGGAGUUGGGGAAAUCCAUGAAUGAUUUAUUCUCUAAUUUUGUUGAGACGCCUCUUGCAACUGCAUCCAUAGCACAAGUUCACCGUGCAACACUGAAAGAUGGGCAGGAGGUGGUUGUCAAAGUUCAACAUGAGGGCAUCAAGGAAAUCAUAUUAGAGGAUCUAAAGAAUGCAAAAUCAAUAACUGACUGGAUAGCAUGGGCAGAGCCACAAUACGACUUUAGCCCUAUGAUAGAUGAAUGGUGCAAGGAGGCACCCAAAGAACUUGACUUUAAUCAUGAAGCAGAAAAUACUCGAACAGUUUCCAGAAACCUCCACUGCACAAGUGAGCAUGAUGGCACAUGUCAUGCUAAUUGUGUAGAUGUGUUGAUUCCAGAAGUUAUUCAGUCGUCUGAGAAGGUGCUCAUUUUGCAAUAUAUGAAUGGCAUUCGCUUAAAUGAUAAUGAAUCGCUGGACGCAUAUGGCAUCAACAAACAAAAGCUUGUUGAAGAAAUCACACGUGCCUAUGCUCAUCAGAUAUAUGUGGAUGGAUUUUUUAAUGGCGAUCCUCAUCCUGGAAAUUUUCUUGUGAGCAAGGAGGCCCCACAUUGCCCAAUUUUGCUCGACUUUGGGCUUACAAAAUCACUGUCAAGCUCUAUGAAACAGGCACUAGCAAAAAUGUUCUUGGCAUGUGCUGAGGGGGACCACGUGGCUCUGUUAUCUGCCUUUGCAGAGAUGGGACUCAAAUUGCGCCUUGAUAUGCCAGAGCAGGCUAUGGACAUUGCUAGUGUUUUCUUCCGAAAUUCCACGCCAGCAAAUGAAGCACUUGAAAACAUGAAAUCUUUGGCGGAUCAAAGAGAGAAGAAUUUGAAGGUUUUGCAAGAAAAGAUGAAGCUAAACAAAAAGGAAGUCCGACGCUUUAAUCCUGUUGAUGCUUUCCCAGGUGAUGCAGUUAUAUUUAUGAGGGUGAUAAAUCUUCUUCGAGGGCUUUCAUCUACACUGAAUGUCCGAAUAGUUUAUUUAGAUGUCAUGAGACCAUUUGCCGAGUCAACUUUGCUAGGAAGCAUCAGGACUGGACCAGCAAAGAAUACACAGUGGAUUUAUGAUUCACCGGUUCACUCUGAUGUGGAGGCCAAGCUGAGGCAGCUCCUACUUGAACUAGGAAGUGAUAAAAUACUUGGAAUGCAAGUGUGUGCCUACAAAGAUGGAAAGGUUAUAAUAGAUACUGCUGCUGGUGUGCUGGGGAGAUAUGAUCCUCGACCUGUUCAACCUGACACCCUAUUUCCAGUUUUCUCGGUAACAAAAGGGAUCACUGCAGGAAUUAUUCACUGGCUUGUUGAUAAGGGGGAACUCAAGCUUGAGGAGACCAUUGCCAACAUUUGGCCAGAUUUUGCUGCCAAUAAAAAAGAUCUAAUAAAGGUCCACCAUGUCCUUAACCAUACAUCUGGUUUGCACAAUGCAAUGGCUGAUGUUAUGAGGAAAAAUCCUUUAUUAAUGUGUGACUGGGAAGAAUCUCUACAACACAUUGCCAAGUCAAUCCCUGAGACUGAACCUGGUUCCCAGCAACUAUAUCAUUACUUGUCCUUUGGUUGGCUGUGUGGUGGAAUUAUAGAGCGCGCAUGUGGAAAGAAAUUUCAAGAUGUCUUGGAGGAAGCUAUAAUUCACCCACUCAACAUCGAAGGCGAGCUUUAUAUUGGCAUUCCUCCAGGUGUGGAAUCUCGACUAGCGACACUUACACUUGACAGGGAAGAUCUGGAAAAGCUCUCAGCAAUCAGCGCACGGCCAGACCUGCCAGCCAGUUUACAACAGGGAAAUGUAGCAGAGAUUGCAUCUGGCCUCCCUGUUCUCUUCAACACACUUAACAUGCGCCGUGCCAUCAUUCCUGCUGCCAAUGGGCACUGCUCAGCACGUGCUCUAGCACGCUACUAUGCAGCUCUCGCAACAGGAGGCUUUAUUCCUCCACCACACUCACACCACUCCAAGCCACUUCUUGGCAGUCACAUCCACAUUCCCAAGUUUCCUUCUUUAAAAAAGCCUAGAAAGAAGAAGGGCAGCAAGGACAAGGAGAUAGCUGAUCCCGAACCACAAAAUGGUACUGUAAUAGCAGCCAAUGGCAUCAGUAAAUCCUUACAGUAUGGCAAUGGUCAUAGUGCAAGUACCUCUAAUGAUAAGGGUUAUAGUCUUAUAGCCAGUGUUGGUGAUGAAGCUGAUAAUAAUGUUCGCAGGAUCUUCAGCAAUCCUAAAAUCCAUAAUGCAUUCAUGGGUGUGGGUGACUACUCACACUUGGUUAUUGCAGAUGGCAAAUUUGGGCUUGGAUUUCGGAGAUAUAAAUCUGACAGCAGUAAGUUCACAAGCUUUGGGCAUUCUGGAAUUGGUGGAUCCGUUGGCUUUUGCAACAUAGAGCAUGAUUUUUCCAUUGCUGUGACUGUAAACAAGAUGUCUCUCGGCAGUGUCCCAAGAAGUAUAAUUCAGUUUGUUUGCUCUGAACUUGAGGUUCCCGUUCCUGAAGAGUUUUCUAUGUUUGGGGAGAGGGGACCUGAUAUGCAACUUAAUCUGGCACAGCAAUCGUAGCAAUUUCAUAUUGCUAACCUGUAUACGCGAUAACCUAUUCCACUGUAGAAAUCUUUUGUUACAGAAAAACUUACGAGAUCAUAUGUUACAGAACUUUUCAUUUAAAAAGAAAUGUAAAACCACGACUUUUUUUUUUCCUCUGCA